AUGUCUAUAAUCGCAAAACUCUUUCGCGUCGUCGUCUCUCUGACAUUCAUCGCCGUUUGCGUCGCUGUUAACGUCACGAACAACGGAUGGUAUGUUCCCACACCAGGAACGUCCUUCUACUGGCAGAUCUCAGACACGAACCUCGAGGCAUCCUUCGGGACUGCCGAGGAUUAUCGAAGCGACUACAACCAAUUUCCGAGAUCCACUCUUGGUGGACUGGUUUGUCAGAACGAGGAUUGCUCGCAAGCCUGGCAGGGCGAGCGAUGGCUGGACGUGAAGACGACUGCUGUGCGUCAAAUACUGGAAAAGCGGAUUCAGCUGGCCAAGCGCAAGGGGUGUGACGGCAUCGAGCCGGACAAUGUGGAUGCGUACAAUGGGAACAUCAUGGUUAAAGCCAUCAGCCGUUUCACCAUCACGAAAAAGGACCAGAUCAACUUCAACUCGUGGAUUGCAAAUACAGUGCACAAGUACGGCAUGUCAGUGGGUCUCAAAAAUGCUGGCACCCUCGCUCCCGUUUACAUGGCCAAUUUGUUUGACUGGGCGCUGCUGGAAGAGUGCAACCAGUACACGGAUUGGAGCGGUGGAGAGUGGUACAGUGGCAAGUAUGGCUGCGACACUGCCAAUGAGUUUAUUCUUCGCAACAAGGCGGUGUUUGUGGCUGAAUAUGUGGAGAGCUGGGGCGAUUCAGCAGGACUGCAAAACGGCAUUCGGUUCCCACAGGGUAUGUGUGCUGACAACAAUGCACAUGGCUUCACAACUCGUCUAUACAACCUGGACUUGGGCAACGGGCCGAGUUAUGCAUUUGCCAACUGCCUGCAGCACAAGCCUGCAGGAUGCAACGUAUGGAGGGAGUGUAUCAAGCCUGAGGUGUAUAACCAGUAUAAGCAGCAGGGCAUGGCAAGAUGGGAUGCUGUAGGCCAAUGA